GGGACCAAGGUAAAAGAUUGAGGGUAGCAUUUUGAUACUAUCCCACUGAAACGCAGGGAGCCAUUUCUAACCCUAAUACUGGAGAGACAGAGUAAGAUUCGCCCCCAAUUUUAGAGGGUCUUCAUAUCAUUUUUUUCCCUCUCUCUGUAAAGACCAGACACAGGAAGAUACGAAGCUUUACCCUAAAGUUAGAGGAGCUAAAAGAGCUCAGAAUCCCUAAAUUUGGAGGAGAAAUCGAGCUCUCAAACCCUAAGGUAGGGCAUCAAAGAGAGCUCUCAUUUUCCCUUAUCCGAGCUCUCAAUCUCUAAAUUUAGUGGAGGAAAGAGAGCUCUUAGACCUUGUAUUUACAUUAGCAAAGAGAGCUUUCAAUAUACGCUAUUUGAGUUGUCUAACCGCGAAUUUGGAGGAGCGGAGAGAUCCCUAAAGUUGCCCUAAUUUUACAAAACAGGAAUAAUCUGGUCUCUGAUAAGAUGUCAUCUCCGUCGAGAACAGAGAUUUUAGGGUUAUUCCGAAGCUUAUUGAAAACGGCGAGAAAAUUCCCGGAUUACAAUAUCAGAGAGUACAUGAAGAGGAGAACCAUUGAUGGGUUCAGGCAAAAUUCCAAGUUAACUGAUGCUCCCUCUGUUUCUUCUGCCUUUUUGGAUGCGAAUUCUCAGCUUGAAGUGGCAAAGAGGCAAGCGGUGGUUUAUACUCUCUAUGCCCCUCCAAUCAAGAGUGUAAUGGAGAUCAAGAGUACUUCUUAAAUAACUGGACAUAUCCCUAUCUAAGCACGAUAAGAGUGUUCGCCCCUGUCGAAUCUCUGUGAGUCUGUGCAUUUCUUGUUUUGUGAACUCUUUCUAUCCCUCUCUCUCUUUCUCGUCCUCUUUCCCUUCUUCUCUAGAGUGGAAUCCAUGGAUGAAUAGAACUCUUGAUUACUAGAAUCUCUCUCUCUCUGAGUAUUUGAUGUGAGAACAAACAUAUUCAUUAGAAUGAGAAUAUGGUUUAAUUAUAUGUUUGAGCAGUAUCAUCUCUCUCUCGCAUGCUCUUGUUGUUACCUUGUUUGAGAAUAUAUUCUAGUGAAAUGUUGGAAGGAA